AUGUCAACCAACAAUAAUAACCCAAUGAAUCCUAAUCGUGUGAUACCUAAAGGAAUUAAUAACCCAAGGUCUAAAGCUAAAAUCAAUAGAUUAAAAAUGUAUCGAACAAAAGCUAGACAUGAUGAAAAUGGAAAAGUGUUAUGGCAAGAAUACCAAUCAAACGAAAAACCUGAAGCACGUAUUCAACCAGAUAGAAGAUGGUUUGGUAAUGUUCAUAGUAUUGGACAAAAAGAAUUAGAUAAUUUUAGAGAAAAAUUAACAGAAACUGUCCAAGACCCAUCACAAGUUUUAUUAAAAGCACAAAAAGUACCAUGGAAUUUAUUAGAAAUUAAAGACAAAGAAUUUAAGGGAAAUGUUUUGGAAGCAGAACCAUUUCAAACUGUUUUUGGUAAAAAUUCACAACGAAAAAAACCUAAAUUACCUGCUUUAGAAGAAAAAGAAUUUCUUGAAAAAGCAAAACAACGACAAGAAUCAUAUGAUAUUGAAAAAGAUCGUAAUAUUAAAGGUGAAGCAGAUUUUAUUACUAAAAUGACAAGAGAAAAAUUAUAUGAAAAAGGACAAUCAAAAAGAAUUUGGGGAGAGUUAUGGAAAGUAGUUGAUUCAUCUGAUGUUGUUAUUGAAGUUCUUGAUGCUCGUGAUCCAAUGGGAACACGUUCUAAACAUGUUGAAGAACAUAUUAAAAAACAUAUGAAACAUAAACAUAUUGUAUUAGUUUUAAAUAAAUGUGAUUUAGUACCAACAUGGGCUACUGCUAGAUGGGUUAAAGUUCUUUCAAAAGAAUUUCCUACAAUUGCUUUUCAUGCUUCAAUGGAAAAUCCAUUUGGAAGAGGAAGUUUAAUGAGUUUAUUAAGACAAUAUGCUAAUUUGAUGGUUGAAGGAGAUAGACAAAUUUCUGUUGGAUUUAUUGGAUAUCCUAAUAGUGGAAAAUCAUCUGUAAUUAAUACAUUAAGAUCACAAAAAGUUUGUAAAGUUGCUCCUGUUGCUGGUGAAACUAAAGUAUGGCAAUAUAUUACUUUACUUAAAAAUAUUUAUUUAAUUGAUUGUCCUGGUGUUGUUUAUCCAUCAGGAGAUACAGAAAGUGAAGUAAUUUUAAAAGGAGUUGUUAGAAUUGAAAAUGUUUCAGAUCCAGAACAUCAUAUUCAACCAAUUCUUGAUCGUGUUAAACCUGAUUAUAUUAGAAAAAUGUAUGAUGUAAAACAAUGGGAAGAUGCAGAAGAUUUUCUAAGUCAAUUAGCUAAAAAGAGAGGAAAAUUAUUAAGAGGAGGUGAACCUGAUUGUCACAUUGUUGCAAAAAUGGUAUUAUAUGAUUUUCAAAGAGGAAGACUACCAUAUUUUGUUACUCCACCACUACCAGAAAAGAAUGAUACAAUAGAUACUGAUUAUAAUGAAGUAUUAAAAUUAGAAAAACAACAAUUUAAUCAAUUAAAAACAGAAAUGGAAUUUAAUGAAGAAGAUAUGGGAAUUAAAGAUGAAAUCAAAGAAGAAGAAAAUGAUAUUGAACAAAGUGUUCAUGAAGACCAAAAAAAUAUAGAAGAAAUAGAAGUUGAUGGAAAAGGUAUUGAUUCUAAAGAAGGUAAUGAUCUAGAAGAAAAUGAAGAUGAUGUUUAUGUUAGUGAUGAUGAAGCAGUAAUGGAGAAUGAAGAAAUGUUAUUACAAAAGAGAAAAGAACGUUUUGAAGCAAUGAAAGGAUUAUCAAAGAAAUCAAGACAAAAAAGAAAACAAGAAUUAAAACAAGAAAGAAAAAAAGGAGCUAAUUCAAAAAAACCAAAAAAAGAAAAACCAGUCCGAGUAACUCGUUCCAGGAAACAUCAAGGAGUGCCUAAAGCUAUAUUUUGA